AUGAUUGUCUGCGGAAUACGCUUUGAUGUCUCAUCAUUUUGUCCCAUCUUGUCAAUUUUGCUUAUGCCUGUUUCGGCUGUUGUUUCUUUUCUGUCUGCCAUCUUGUUCUUUGUUCUGUUAUUCGACAUUUGACGAGAUGUGGCUGUGGGUGGGGGGAAAUGGCGCCUUCGUUCUCGAUCACAAUGGCACACAUCUGCAGCGCCCUCCGCCGCUCACACAGCCCCGCCCCACUCUCGUCCUUUCACAGGAGCCACCCACGACCGUCCGAUCGAUGCUCAGGCACCUACAGCCCGCAAAAACAUGCGUUUGGCUAUUUCGGGUGCUGUCCCAUAUCCCACUUGCCAGUUGGUUCCCCAAUUCCAUUCCCGGCAGUCAGGAGCACAGGUCACCUCCCAGCUUCCAGAAGAAU